AUGGAGUCAAUCAAUGACACAGACCGUCUGCAGCGCCUCCAGGAUCUGGAGGGGCAGCUGCGGGACCCCCGGGGUGUCAUGAAUGUUGACUCUCUCCUGGACUCGAUGCAGGCGAUGGUCGCGGACUUGGAUCAUCAAGCCAUCAAAAGAAAUAAAAAUGUGGAAGCCUUUCUUAAUAGAUGUAAGCUGUUGGAUGUGGAGAUACUUCGAAUGCGUGCCGAUGACUUCAUUAAUAUCAAAGUCAUCGGCAGAGGGGCAUUUGGAGAAGUACAACUAGUUAGACAUAAAUUUACAAAGCAGAUCUAUGCAAUGAAAUUACUGAGCAAAAUUGAGAUGAUCAAAAGGUCUGAUUCUGCUUUCUGGGAAGAACGAGACAUUAUGGCUCAUGCUAACUCAGAAUGGAUUGUUCAGCUGCAUUUUGCCUUCCAAGAUUCAAAAUUUCUUUACAUGUCAUGGAUAUAUGCCAGGUAUGGUGGUGACUUAGUGAACCUGAUGUCCAACUAUGAUGUACCAGAGAAAUGGGCCAAGUUCUAUUGUGCAGAAGUGGUCCUAGCCCUGGACGCAAUCCAUUAUGGAUUUGUUCACAGAGAUGUAAAGCCAGAUAACAUGCUUCUGGAUGGUAGUGGUCACCUCAAACUGGCAGACUUUGGUACUUGUAUGAAGAUGGAUAAGGACGGACUCGUAAGAUCAGACACAGCUGUGGGAACACCAGACUAUAUCUCUCCCGAAGUCCUCAAGUCACAGGGUGGUGAAGGGGUCUAUGGAGAGUGUGAUUGGUGGUCUGUUGGUGUCUUCCUCUAUGAAAUGCUAGUGGGUGACACGCCCUUCUAUGCGGAUUCUUGGUUGGCCCUACGCAAAAUUAUGGAUCACAAAAAUUCACUAAAGUUUCCGGAUGAUAUUGAAAUUUCCGUUGAUGCCAAGACUUUGAUCUGUGGUUUCUUGUCUGACAGAUUAACAAGAUUAGGUAGAAAUGGUAUUGAAGAAAUAAAAUGUCUUCGAUUCUUUCUCAAUGAUCAGUGGACAUUUGACACAAUUAGAGAAUGUGUACCCCCUGUUGUGCCUGACCUCGCAAGUGAUGACGACACUAGUAAUUUUGAUGAAGUGGAGAAUGAGGACACUCCUGAAGAAAGCUUUGGAACCCCUAAAGCCUUUGUCGGGAACCAUCUACCAUUUGUGGGGUUCACUUACUCCAGGGAUUACCAACUACUCACUUCUUCAGACAAGACUGAUGGCAAAAGAAAUUUGGCAAGUGAUGGUAUGGAUAGCAGUAACGAGAUUGCUGUGCUGACAGCAGAAUUGGAACACCAGAGAAAUCAGGUGGAGCUAGACUCCAAGUACAGAGUGACCCUAAACCAGCUGGAUUCACUCAUACAAAAGGAGCAGGAGAGACUACAGGAGAAGAGAGAUCUAGAACGAAAGUUGGCUUUAUUACAACAUGACCUCAAAGAAGCUCAGAGAAAGGGGGAGUAUGAAGGUGAGAGUAGACGGAAGCUGGAUGCCCUAUAUCAGGAGGUUAAGAAAAAGCUCGAAGAUGAACAAAACAAACGCACUAGGGACCUGAACUCUGCGCAACAUGUCAGUGACAAGCUGAACUCUCUUGAAAAGCAGAUAAAAGAAGUUCAGGACAAACUGAAGGUUGAGACAGACAACAACACAAGAUUGCGUAAACAAAAUGCAGAGCUAACAGUCAUGAACCAGCAGAAGGAAACGUCCAUUUCUGACCUCUCAGAUAAGAUAUCAAGUGUCCAGUCCAUCCGUGAUGCGUUAGAGCGUGAUAUAGCAAACCUUGGAGCACAGUUAGAGCAAGAGCGUGGGCAGAGGAACCACCAGACUGAGUUGAUCUCACAAGCUGAUGGCAAAAUUCAAAGUCUACAAGCGAAGCUUGAAAAUGCAUCUGAACGUGAGCAAGUUGCCCGCAAGGAAGCAGAAAAGGUUUCCGAACGUCUUGUACAGUUAGAGAAAGAUAGAACAUCUCUAGAGUUGGAAUUAAGAGGGAUGACAAGCAGAUAUGAGCAAGAAGCUCGGGCCCUACGCGAAGCUAAUGCUGCCCCCACACACAACCACCAAUCUAGUGCACAGGCUCUAGCAGCUUUGCAGGAAAGGCUCAAUUUGGAGAAGCAGAAACGCCAGCAAGCAGAGGCAUCUAGUCAGGAGAAGGAACGUCAGAACUCUAUGUUGAGCGUUGACUACCGGCAGCUCCAGCAACAGCUACACAAGCUUGAAGGGGAGCACAGGAAGGAGUGCGAGAAGGUCAAAGCUCUUCAGAAUCAGAUGGAGACAGAAAGUGAAAAGAGAACGGCUAUCGUUACUGACCUCCAAACUCAGUCAUCAGAGGUAUCUAUGUUGCGCACAAGAGAAAAACAGUUGGUGCGUGACCUAGAAGAAAUGAAGGAAGCGCGGUCUAGUCUAGAAGAGGAGCUGCACAAACUCAAAACCCAAAAAUCAGUUGACGAUGUGCAGAUGAGAGAACUGCAAGACACCCUUGAGGCUGAGCAGUACUUCUCUACAUUGUACAAGACUCAGGUACGCGAGUUGCGUGAGGAGCUGGAAGAGAAGGGCCGGCAAAUCCUGGAACUGGAAGAAGAACGUACAAGUCUAACACAACAGUUACAGCUUACAGUAGCCAGAGCAGACUCAGAGGCCUUGGCGCGUUCCAUUGCUGAGGAGACUGUUGCAGAUCUUGAAAAAGAGAAAACAGUUAAGGAGCUGGAGAUCAAUGACCUCGUAUCCAGACAUACUGUUGAUAUGAAUAACAAAGAGACUGCCUUUAAUGCUGUCAAGGAGAGAGAGGAAGAGCUUACAAAGUCUGUGGAAGCACUUAAGAAGGAGAAGGAAGCCCUUAAUUCUCAGAUCCAAAGCCUUGAGGAAGCAAAGAAAACUGCAGAUAACGAUCGUAAAAAUGAACAGGACAAACUUAGUAAACAGUUGAAGCAGGAACAGCUCCUCAAGAUGCAAGCAGUCAAUAAGUUAGCAGAAAUAAUGGCUCGCAAGGAGAACCUUCCAGCAAAUCGUAAACCUAAAGCCGCUGCCAUUGACCUCAGAAAGAAAGAGAAAGAAUGCCGUAAAUUGCAGCAGGAACUCACCAUGGAAAGAGACAAAUUCUCCCAGAUGGUUUCCAAACACCAAAAGGAAAUACAAGACCUCCAGGCACUGCUUUAUGAGGAGAGUCAGGCAAAAGUGCGACUACAGAUGGAAGCAGAUGCCAAGGAUUCGGAGAUAGAAUCCUUGACCUGUAAGCUGGCCAACGUCAAUAGUGAGACAGCAUCACUUAGUAGUGGUGCAGAUAAUGAUUUAGAUGAGAUGGACAACCGGCUGGAGGGCUGGCUCUCAGUGCCUAACAAACAGAAUAUCAAACGUCAUGGAUGGCGGAGACAGUACGUGGUCGUCUCAUCCAGAAAGAUCAUCUUCUAUAAUUCAGAGAAUGAUAAGCAAAACUCAGAUCCUAUAUUAAUCCUAGACCUUACGAAACUCUUCCACGUUCGUUCGGUCACACAAGGGGAUGUUAUUCGGGCAGAUGCAAGAGAUAUUCCCAGAAUAUUUCAGCUUCUGUAUGCUGGAGAGGGAGAGAGCCGUAAGCCUGGGGAGAACCCAGGUCCGUUGGCUCCCUAUGACAGUGCAGGCCCUGAUAAAGCAGGGACUCUAGUCCACAAGGGUCACGAGUUCCUGGCCAUUAGCUUCCACAUGCCUACAAAUUGUGAGGUGUGUCAGCGGCAUUUAUGGCACAUGUUCAAGCCGCCUCCAGCACUGGAGUGCAGACGGUGUAGAAUGAAAAUUCACAGGGAUCACCUAGAACGGAAGGAGGAAUUAGUUGCGCCAUGUAAAGUCAACUAUGAUUUAAAUACUGCCAAGGAAAUGUUACUUUUGGCACCCACGGUAGAUGAGCAACAGAACUGGGUGUUGCGGUUGUCCAAAAAGAUUCAAAAGUCUGGGUACAAGGCUAACAAUGCUGGAGGUCCCGACGGUGCCAAAGUCUCCCCAAGAGAGUCCACCAGAUCAGCCUACCGUCCCUUCGUUGUACAGAAAUCUGCAACUUUGCCCCCCAACUCCAAUUUAAGCAGAAAAUAGUAAUGCUAAUUGCCAGUGUGUUUUGAUUUAGACAUGCAAGCCUAAUAUGGUUUGGAUGAGAUUGCUUAACUAGUGAUAAUUUUCAAAAUCAAAGUGAUAAUAUGCAAUGUUUUCACUUAGAAAUUGACUUGAUGGAAAAAGUAACGCAAUCCCUCCAUGCACAUAAAAAAGGAAUGUGAUUGAACAAAACAGUGAACAGUGAAUUGACAGUAGUCACUUGUAACACUAUUGAAUGGACUUGCAGUGUAGAGUGAUUACUCUUGGUUUGAGCAUAAUGUAGGCAAGUGCCUUAACUGCCCUAGUUAGUUGCAAUUACGGACUUUGUAUAAUCCCAAAAAUACUUUCAUUCAGGUGUAAGACCCAGUAGUGUGACACGAGGAUAACAAUAAUUAUGAUAUUUUGCUGAAUCACUGAUGAAGUGGAAAGCUAAAAGAAUUUUUGGUACAAGAAAGCCUUAUUUUGUAUAUGUUUCUAAUAUUAUCUGUAACAAUUUUAUACGUAGGUAAGCUGUCCUCCACUCUUGUCCAUGCGUUUAGACUGUUGAAGAUAAGUGUUUCAGAAGCCAAACUUAAUAGUCAGAAAGAAAAGGACUUACUUGAAAUUUCUAGACCUCAUUUAAAUAUAAUUAUAACCGAUAUUAUAUAUUUAUUAUUAUUUCCUUUUGAAUGGAAUUGUAGAACAACUCUUCCUGUCAGGAGAGGUCUGGUACCUCAUAUCCACUAGCAUCAUUAAAAUCUAUGAUUAAGAUGCUAUUGCAGAUUGCAGAAAGGAAAUUCUGGCGUGUGUGAUGCAGUGUCCUUAUCAUGUAACAGGUUUUAUACUAAAAUCUUGUAAAUAUUGACCUGCUUGAGAAAGUAUUCAUUGCUUCAGGUGAAAUACAACUUAAAAUCUCUAUCCAGGAAAGUAAAUUAAUUCUUUAUAGGAAAUUUACUUGAUAUCACCAGUAAGUUGAAAAGAAUUGUUUGAGAUGUUAUGAAGUCUUCCCCCCAUCCCCCUUUAUCUUUGAGUGUGCAUGUGCAUGUGUGUGUUUGAGCCUGUGUGCGUGGCAUUACAUAACUUUGGAUCCCUCGUUUAAAGGAGCCAUUAAAUAUUUGUGUUUGAAAGAUGAGUGUAAAUGGUUUCAGAACUGCCAUAUUUGCAUCCUUUCUUUUUUUUUCUUUUUUUUUUUUUUUUUUUUUUUUUUUCUCUCUUCUUUUUAACUAUUAUUACCUCUUGACCCCCCCCCCUUGUUAUGUUAUGAUACUAUGUUUUAAGAAGGAAAAGAUUUUCAUUCUCACUGGUUUUAUAGGUAAAUGUUGAUUGAGUGAGUGAAUGAGUGAGUUGAGUGAUUGAUUUUAAAUGGCACUUGAAGAGGUGAAGAGUUUCACACCUAUGAGGGUUUGAGCCAGAAGUCUGAUGACAGUUGUGAUUUUCCCCAUAUGCCAUCAGGUGUGUGAGCUUAUUAGGAUAGGCCUGUGGAGACAGGUUCCUGAGGGGUAACAGAUGACCGAGUUCAUUAUUUUCCCCUUUCAUUCCACUACUUGUGUGAUACUCGUCUUUCCCCGCCUCCCCCUUCUCUUUUUCCAUUUUAUGUUAUUAAUUUUGACUGACUGACUCCAAACCAGAAAGCUUUGGCCACGUUAAAGUUUUGGGAGAGUUGAAGUUUGCUUUAUUUAUCAGAUCCUUACCUUGAAUAAAUACAUUUUAGAAAGCCACAUGAUAGAUUUUGUAUUAUUCUGAAAGUGCUUGAGAAUGCUGCAAGAUCUUGAAUUCUAUUACUAUACAAGUUUAAUAGCUUGUUCAUUUGUUCAUUUAUCUAAAACAUUUUCAGGCUUUUAAUACUGUUCAAGUUUAGAUUAAAUUAAGACCAGAAUUUAGAUAGAAUCAUUUUAUAAAUAUUGUUCUUUCAUCUUAUCAUCUAUAUAAAUAGGAACUCAUUAUGAGUCUGCACAUACCUUCAAAUUGAAGUCAGUAAAACAGCAAAAAUAGCUUUUGCGAGGCCAUAAGAUUUGUCUAUUCUGAGACAUAAGCUUUAUAUUGUUAUUGUAAAUAUUUUAUUAAGAAAAGAUGGUCCACCACAUUUAAACUGUCUCCUAUCAUCCUAACUUACUUUUUCUCACUUUUUCUCUCAUCGGUCCUGUUUGCUCAUAUUUGUUUCCUAAUUCUCCUUCCUUUCUCACAUGGUUCAUGCACUCUCACUUUUUCACCGGACAGAGACGCAGUGCUUUACGUGUAUCUUACAGAGAGAUCUUAAGAAAUUUCCCACUUUGUAUGUAAAAGAAUGUGUCAGGAAGAGUUUUUUUCAUUGUUGAUUUUUCAUGUUGAAUGGAGUAAUAGUACAGUACUUGAACCUCAUUGUUUUAAGCUGUAGUGAUAGUACAGUGUAUUGUUAACAUUAGAGUGGUCUAGAAGUGUUGUUCGUCCUUUUUUGAUGGUAAUGAAACUUCAUCUUCAUAUUGAAGAGAGAGUAAUUUCAUUGAUAAGUGCUGAACUAUGAAAUAAUAUGAUAUACUUAGAAUUUAUCCAAAGUAUGAUAUAAAAUAUAAAAAUUCCUCAUGUGGAAAAGAUAAAUUUUCACC